CUUUGGGGAGCGCGCGGGGCCGCAGAGACUCUCUCCAGCCGAAGCCCGAGCCCCGCCGCAGCCCGGCCUUUUCCGGGAGCGGGAGCGGAGCGGACCCAGCGUCCUCCAAGGCACAGCGCGCCUUUCCCGGCAGCCACGAAGCAGGGCAAGGGCUGCUCCGCCCGGGGGUGUCUCGCGGGUCGCCCGGAGUCUCUCGAAAGUGCGCGGGUCCGCUGGGGCUGGAGGAGGGGGCAGCCUCUGGGGAGAGCGUAGUGGGUGUUUGGGGUCGCGGGUCGGGAAGAGGGGAUGCCAGGGGAUGCGGAUCUGGGCGGAAGGCGCCGCUUGGAGCUCGAUUUGCAGCGCCCUGGGUACUGAUUUGGUUAGGUAGGGGUUACAGGUGUCUUUGCCCCCCAACUAGCCCAAGAAUUCCUCUUUGUCUUCCUUGGAAAAUCCUCUCUUGAGCCACGGUCUGGCUCUCACUUAGAAAGAAUGCAGCUUGCCGUCCAGCCCGCUGACGUCAGCGCUGGAGCAUUUGGAAAACAAAGAGGGCUCGGGAGGGAGGGAGGGAGGCGGCUCCACGACGCUUAAAGAUCUCUCCGGACCACGGGCUACCGUCGUCCACCCCGCUCCCGGCGCAGCGGCGGCCACCGGGUUCUCGUAGUCAGCCAGGAGUCCGGGUGCUCUGGCGCCAGGUGCCGCUGGCCUUUGUCCAGGCGGUUGUGUGCAAGCCCAGGAAGCAUGAGGACACUGGAAGACUCCUCGGGUACGGUCCUGCACCGCCUCAUCCAGGAGCAGCUGCGCUAUGGCAACCUGACCGAGACCCGCACGCUGCUGGCCAUCCAGCAGCAGGCCCUACGGGGUGGGGCUGGGGCUGGGGGCACAGGGAGCCCCCAGGCCCCCCUGGAGAUCGUGGCCCCCGAGGACAGUCAGGUGCUGCAGCAGGCCACAAGGCAGGAGCCCCAGGGCCAGGAGCACCAGGGCACCGAGACCCACCUGGCAGAGAACAGCCUCUACCGGCUGUGCCCACAGCCCGGCAAGGGCGAGGAGCUGCCCACCUAUGAGGAGGCCAAAGCCCACUCGCAGUACUAUGCGGCCCAGCAGGCGGGGCCCCGGCCACAUAUGGGGGACCGGGAUCCCCGCGGGGCCCCGGGUGGCAGUCGGAGGCAGGAUGAGGCCCUGCGUGAGCUGAGGCACGGGCACGUGCGCUCCCUGAGCGAGCGGCUCCUGCAGCUGUCCCUGGAGAGGAACGGGGCCCGUACCCCCAGCCACAUGAGCGCCUCCCACAGCUUCCCCCAGCUGGCCCGCAACCAGCAGGGACCCCCGCCCAGGGGCGCCCCUGCCGAGGGCCCGGAGCCCCGCGGACCUCCACCUCAGUACCCACACAUCGUGCUAGCUCAUGAGACCACCUCCGCUGUCACCGACCCGCGGUACCGCACCCGUGGCAGCCCGCACUUCCAGCAUGCGGAAGUAAGGAUCCUGCAGGCCCAGGUGCCCCCCGUGUUCCUCCAGCAGCGGCAGCAGUACCAGUACCUGCAGCAGCCCCAGGAGCACCCCCCGCCCCCAUCCCCGGCUCCCCUCAGCCAGGGCCCGCUAGGCCCCCUCAGCCUACCCGGGGUGGAGGCCCCAGCAAGCACCCAGGCCUCCUCGGGCAGUGCCCACCUGGCCCAGAUGGAGACUGUGCUGAGGGAGAAUGCCAGGCUGCAGAGGGACAACGAGAGGCUGAAGAGGGAGCUGGAGAGCUCGGCGGAGAAGGCCGGCCGCAUCGAGAAGCUGGAGAGCGAAAUCCAGCGGCUCUCUGAGGCCCACGAGAGCCUGACGAGGGCCUCUUCCAAGCGGGAGGCCCUGGAGAAGACUAUGCGGAACAAGAUGGACAGUGAGAUGAGGCGGCUGCAGGACUUCAACCGGGAUCUGAGAGAGAGAUUGGAAUCUGCAAACCGGCGCCUGGCAAGCAAGACGCAGGAAGCGCAGGCAGGCAGUCAGGACAUGGUGGCCAAGUUGCUGGCUCAAAGCUAUGAGCAGCAGCAGGAGCAGGAGAAGCUGGAGCGGGAGAUGGCACUGCUGCGCGGGGCCAUUGAGGACCAGCGGCGGCGGGCCGAGCUGCUGGAGCAGGCGCUGAGCAACGCACAGGGCCGGGCGGCACGAGCCGAGGAGGAGCUGCGGAAGAAGCAGGCCUACGUGGAGAAGGUGGAACGGCUGCAGCAGGCCCUGGGGCAGCUGCAGGCUGCCUGCGAGAAGCGUGAGCAGCUGGAGCUACGGCUGCGGACGCGCCUGGAGCAGGAGCUCAAGGCCCUGCGUGCGCAGCAGAGACAGGCAGGCACCCCCGGUGGUGGCAGUAGCAGUGGUGGGUCCCCGGAGCUCAGUGCCCUGCGGCUGUCGGAGCAGCUACGGGAGAAGGAGGAGCAGGUCCUGGCACUGGAGGCCGACAUGACCAAGUGGGAGCAGAAGUAUUUGGAGGAACGUGCCAUGAGGCAGUUCGCCAUGGAUGCGGCCGCCACGGCUGCCGCCCAGCGCGACACCACUCUCAUCCGGCACUCCCCGCAGCCCUCGCCCAGCAGCAGCUUCAACGAGGGCCUGCUCACCGGCGGCCACAGGCAUCAGGAGAUGGAAAGCAGGUUAAAGGUGCUCCACGCCCAGAUCCUGGAGAAGGAUGCGGUGAUCAAGGUCCUUCAGCAGCGCUCCAGGAAAGACCCUGGCAAGGCCACCCAGGGCUCCCUGAGGCCCGCCAAGUCUGUGCCAUCCAUCUUCGUGGCUGCAGCAGCAGGGGCCCAGGGCUGGCACGGGCUCUCCUCCAGCGAGCGGCAGGUGGAUGCCCCUGCCCGGCUGGCUGCAGCAGACAGGGCCCCGGCGGAGGAGCCAGUGGCCGAGGCUCCCCUAGCUGCCCACGCCAAACACGGGAGCAGGGAUGGGAGCACCCAGACUGACGGCCCCCCAGACAGCGCCGCCACCUGCCUGGGCCUGGAGCCCGACGGCCUUCUGGGGUGCAGCAGUGGCCGGAGGACAGCCUUGCUGGAUUCUGUUGCUACAUCCAGAGUCCAGGACUUGUCGGACAUGGUGGAGAUACUGAUCUGAAGGAGGUGGUGCCUUGGGGACUCCGAACCACUCCCUGCUCUCCUCUGCCCUCUGCCACGUGGCCAUUCCAGCAGCCCCUCCAGCGGCUGCUUCACCCUCCCCCAGCCCAGCACUCAUUCCCAUUGACCGUCUGGUCCCAGGAGCUGAGGAAGGAUGUUGCAGAGGAGAGGGGAGCUGUGAGCACCCGGCCCCCAGAAGACUCUGCUCCUCAGCCCCGCAUUCCUCCUGGGCCCAUGUGGAAUGAGGACUGGACCUUAACCUGCUUGCAGCCCAAGGCCUGCUGCCGGGGUAGCAACUGAAAGCUCAGGAGGGAGUAGCCCCUUCUGCACCCCCAGUGGACACUCGGGCAGAGAGGGACAGGAUAUGUUGGUUUGGGGGCUGGUUUCCAAGGCUGGCUGCCCGUGGACACCAGGUGGGCUGGUUUCAUAGCCAGGCCUGGCUCAGUGUGGCCCCUCCAGCCUCGUCUUCUCAGCUCCUCACUGCCGCCUUGGGCUCACCCAGCCUUGCAUCUUGUGGGGCCCGUCGAGGCCACAGCCUCACCCCUUCGCUUGCAGAGGACUGGGGUGCGCUGUGCGGCUUGUAUAUAAUUCCCUUCCUUGUGGAACAGAAGGCUGAAGCGAGCUGUUUCAGAUCUGCCCCCUCGUUCUGUGCGCCCGUCCCUGCCGUCACGGUUCCGCCCAGUUAUCUCCCCUCCUCAAGUCCUUGGCCCGUGAUCCAGUUGAUCCACGGGAUAUUGGCUGUCUUUUUCUCCAUAUUGAACCCUGUUUGAAAUGCCCACGGGACCCCCCCCCCCCACCCCCGCCCCCCAUCACCAGCCUCUUGAAAUGGCUCCACAGCUCCUGUCCUUGGGACAUCCUGUCAGUUUGGUUAUGAGCCCUGAGCCAGGUGAAGUGAGCCACCACACAAGUCUGCUGUGGUGGGGCUCCCAGCACCAGUUCUCCCAAAGGAAACCGGAGAGAUGGCCUUGUUCUCAUCAGGGUCUUUGUCCACCCACCCUGGAGGGAUUGGGAGAGGGAGCUGUGCUGGUGAAAAUUAGUCCAUGAGACGUGACUCGGAUAGUCCUCUGAACGGAGCCCCCGUCACAGCAUGGCGCCGUGAGGCUGGCUCCUCGAGCCACCCGUGCCCAGCGCCCUGAAGCAGGGCCAGCGCUUGAGAACUGGAGUGAAGCAUCCAAUGGCAGCCUGCCAGUGGCCGUGACUUUGACUUCUGGUCUUAAAGAGUCCCCCAGCUCAGCCCCAGGAGCGAUUGGUGGGUUUUAGCAGUUUGUCUUGACUGUUUUUAGUUCUCCUUGAAUCUUUGGUUUUUUUUUUUUUCCUUUACCGUUUUUAGGUUUUAUAUGUGUUAUUUUAUUCCCAUGGUUCCUCAAGUUUCCUUUUUAAACAUUUGCAUUUGCUGGACAAUUGCAUAUUUUUUUAAAUCCCCCUACCCCUCUUGAAAGCUGAAAAAUGCAUUUGGUUCAUAUGCAUUGUUUACAAAGAAAAAAGAAAAAAGAGAAAAAAAGGCAAAAAAAUAUUGUGGAAGAAAAAACACAACUUAAUAUAUUUUGGAUUAAUAUUUGGUAUUUCUUUUAAAGUAUUUUUUUGUGCUGUGAACAUUUUCUGCCAAAGACCAUGAUGUGUGUCUGUAUGUUUAAGUUAUCGUAAAUAUUUAAAAUGUAAACAUGGCUGUUUUGUUAUGCCACCCUGUACCAGGAUUGCUGCUGCAUUCCACUGGGUAUAACAGUAUUUUAAUA